AUGCUAGUCAGCGCGCCCUACCAGUCCUUCGACCGCGUCCCUGACCUUCGAUCUCAACACGCUCACGUUUCUUACUCGACGCUGGUCCCCGGCCCACCAGCCAAAGACCACUUCGACGCCAUGACGCUCUCGUCCUCACACGCCAACACGGCUCUGUUUGCCGAGAGCCGUGGCAGCAUGACCAACAGCACCACCGACAGCCACGACCAGUCUUCGCCCAUCGCCAGCACUUCCUCGGGCGCGACAUCACACAACCUCGCACAGCCGGUACCGACGCGACCCAAGAACCACGUUCGCGGGGUGGCCUCAGACUCUCGCCUCUGGACAACAGGGCGCAGCUUCUUCGAGGGCCGCUAUCGCGAGCGUCAGGCUUUCGUCUCGGCCCAAGAGCAGAAGGACUUGGAGGCGGAGCGGGAUGCCAUCCAGCAGAUCCAGAAUGUUCAAGCAGCCAAGCGUCGCGCCAAGAUGAUGAGGCUCACCCCAGCCUUCCCUUCGGUCCCUCGCGAAAGCGCCCACACACCCAGCCCGCCCUCCAGCGAGGCUUCCUCGGCACGCACAGCGAGCGAGGCAGAUCUCUCGACGCCGCCUGACAACCGACUGGCCUUCCCCAGCCCAAAGACGCGCCUCAGUAUGGCCGCAAAUCAGAACGGCGUUGCUCCCAUCCACCCGGCCUCCAGAAAGGCGCUGGCGCUCAAAGCCAACAGCCCUGGCCCUGAAGUUCUCGGCGGCCUCAGCCUGGACCUGCACUGCUUGCCGUCGCCCGCCGGCGAUCGCUCUUCCAUCUCGUCCACCGCGUCCGCCAGCUCGGAACUUGUUCGCAAAAAGUCGGGAGAGCCCGUCAAGUCGUCUCUCAAGCAGUACUCUGGCAGCUACAUUGUACCCCGCUCAGCAAGCGCAGCGACCUUCUCCAAUCCAUCGUACGGUGCCAAGUCGGUGCCCACCACCCCCAGCGCGAUGAAGACUGUCCACUUUGACACGCAACUCGAGCACAUCAAGAUCUUCAAGACGAAAGGACGUCCCCAAGCCGUGUCGCGCGAGGCCAGUCCGGAGCACACCGAAACCGAGACCGAGGAGGAACGAGACUAUCCCUGGUUCGGUUCCCGUCGCGGAGGUGGUUCCGGCCGACAAGCCGGUCACCGAAGUCCUGUCAACCCCACCACCCCUGAAGCUCUCGAAGCCGACGAGCAGCUUGUGCUCCGCCUACCCAACUUCCCCUCGUCCGCCAAGCUCUCGCUCGACAAGGACAUCUUCCUCGAGCGCAUCUACCUCUCGGACGACUUGCGAUCCGUUCGCGGUACCGUCCAAGUCAAGAACCUCAGCUUCGAAAAGUGGGUCGCUGUUCGCUUCACGCUCGACCACUGGGCCACUGUCAACGAGGUGUCAGCCGAGUACUCGGAGAGCAUCAAGGAGGGCGCUGCCGACCGCUUCGUCUUCUCCAUCAAGCUUAACGAGGUGCUCAAUUGGCCUCGCGGCGCUGGUCUCAACGAGACCAAGACCAUCUUCCUGUGCCUGCGCUACACCACCGGUGGCCGCGAGAUUUGGGACAACAACGACGACGGCAACUACCAGCUGGACUUCCGCAAGCGCCCUGUGCAGCCCGCCGAGGCGACACGCAUGCCCCCUUCUUCGACCGACGCUCCGCGUGCUUCGCCCUCGUCGUUUGGCAACACGGCGCCAAGACGAUAUACCCUCGGCUCCAUGGGCCCCUCCGCCACCUCAUCCAUCAUCGAGAUGGGUCGCAGGACCGGUGUCUACGGCCAGAAAGCCACGCGCGACCAUGCCAUGGAGAGGCUCAAGCAGGAGCUCGAACGCCUUCGUUCCGACGAAGAGGAGGCCGACAAGGCUCCUGCCUCUGCCGAUUUCAUCACCGAGCUCGCCAAGCGUCGCUCGCCUCCCGUGUCGCCCGGUGGAGCUGGCAAGCCCGGCUCGCCUUCCAUGUGGUCGGCAAGGUACGACUUUGGCGCCUCGCUUCGCGACCCUACCAGUGGCAGUCGAAAGACCGAAGCGGGACGCGCCGCCGCGCUCGACUACUUCUCGGCGCGACCAGCAGCAGUUGCCGCUACGAGCCCGAUGCGAUCCUCGUUUGUUGUCAGUGCAGCCACGCCCUCGCCGGAUGGAUCGACGCCCAGGAGUGCCGCCGAGCUUGUUCCCAAGUUUGGUCGUCUCGGCAUGCUCAGCCCCGGUUUGGGCGAGAUGGUGGUCGAGCACCCUGUCGUCAGCAGCUCCAACACGAGCUCGCCCAGCGGCUCCCUGCUUCAGGUGCCGCAGGUGGGCACCGCAGGCCUUUUCAGCCCUGACGUGCCCGUCUCUCCCUCGCCCUCGGCCUCGGCGCGCUACCACUCGUUCCCGCCCAGCCGCAACAUGCAGAGCUUUGGCGCGUGGGACGAAGAGCUCCACAAUGGCCUCGGUUCCGGUUCGGCAUCUGGUUCCGGCUCCGCGAACGGCUCUAGGUCGGGCACUCCGCCCUCGCCACUCGGCUUUUCUUCUUCGAGGAUCGCCGUCAAGAGCGAUGGCCUUGUGCUCGAAGACUACACGCCCGACGGCAGCCAGGCGUCGCCCAACUCGAUGACCAACUCGCCCAACCCGUUCUCGCCUCCGCUCUCGGCGAGCUCGAUCGACUCGGACUCUACGGCGAUGGUCGACGCCAACGGCAAAUCGUCCUUGUCGACCCUGGCCGACAGCCUGGACAACCUUGGCAAUGUUGGCAGCUCGUCGUCGUACCGCUUCCUCCGAGCCGAUCAGAGGCCCAGCUCGUACGCUGCCGGAGACGAUGCGGAACAGCACGGAUACUCGUCGUCCGCGCUGUCUUCCACGACGCUCUCCCCGUCUUCCGAGUUGGCGACGCCGGAUGAGGAAUUCAUGCGCCCUUCGAACCUGACGAGUUUCAACGAACUCGUGGCGCGCUACUGCUGGAACAGCGACAAUCAGGUGCCGCAAGCCAGCCCUGAGGCCUCUGCUCUGAUGCCGCAGACCCCGCACACACCCACCUCUACCUCGGGUCGCUCGACUCCCAUUGCCCGCGCUGGCGGUGCCUAUUGA